GAGAACGACGGCAGACGUACGCGCGCUUCCACCCCACCCCCUUUGCGGAAUUAAAGGCGCAUGCCCACUGAUAGCCGCUGAUGCUUCCUUCCCGCCGCAGCCACUGGAGCUCCACUCUUUCUUCACCGAACGCGAGUGGUAGUGCGCAGGCGCAGUGAAGCCUCCUUUUCCUUGUUCUGCCGUAGGCGGGGGUCGCUGUUGUAGCGCUAUGGCUUCAGCCCCCCGCCCGAAGACUCUGCAACCCGUCACUCACCUCAUCUUUGACAUGGACGGCCUCCUUCUGGAUACUGAACGUCUUUAUACUAUUGUGUUCCAAGAAAUCUGUGAUCGCUUUGGAAAGACCUAUACCUGGGAUGUAAAAUCCUUAGCAAUGGGUAAAAAAACAAUGGAGGGAUUAGAGCUCAUGCGAAAUGCCCUGGACCUUCCGAUAACCAUAGAAGAACUACUGCACGAAAGUAAAAUUAAGCAAGAAAAGUUAUUCCCCACAGCUGCAUUGAUGCCAGGAGUUGAAAAACUAAUCCACCAUUUACAUCAACACAACAUACCGAUAGCUGUUGCCACUAGCUCAUCUCGGGUGACAUUUGAAAUGAAAACAAGUCAACACACAGACUUCUUUAAUUUGUUUCAUCAUAUUGUGUUGGGAGAUGACCCUGAAGUGAAGGAUGGCAAGCCACAGCCUGAUGUGUUUUUAGUCUGUGCAAAGAGAUUUAACCCUCCUCCACCUCCAGAAAAGUGUCUUGUAUUUGAAGAUGCCCCAAAUGGAGUUAAGGCAUCAUUGGUAGCUGGGAUGCAAGUCGUCAUGAUUCCAGAUGAAAACCUGAACAAAGAUCUUACAAAAGAAGCAACCGUAGUACUCAAGUCAAUGACUGAAUUCAAGCCAGAAUUGUUUGGUUUACCACCAUUUGAUUGAGAAUGGUUUAGUUUUUUUUUAACAUUUUAAUUUAGCCACAUUGUUUUCAGGCAAGAAUAGACUUUCGUAGGCUAUUAUAAACUUGUGUUCAAAUCUUAUGAUUAAACUUUAUUGGAUAUUUCAAAUACAGAGUUGGAAAGCUCAUACAUCUCAGCCUUGUUUUGGAAGGAGCCCCCUGUACUGCCAGACUACUUGCCCCUUGUAGCCACUUUAGAAGAGGACUCGUAAUGGCCUAAUACUAAGCACCAGGAGUUGAUUUUCGUUGGGACUACAGUAUGUAGCGAAGGGAAGUUUUAAUCCUUCCCUUUGCAGACGUGAUCUCAAAGAAACUCAUCCCUCCCAGACAGCAAUUAUUCUUAGGAAAAAAGCUCUCAUGGGUGCCAAAUAUUGGGGUUGAGGCUGGGAAGAGAAAGAGUUAAACCUUACCACAUGCUGUGAUCCUAAAGAAAAUCACCACCAUGCUCAGUAUUAAAUUUUAGAAAUGGAGUUGAUGCUGCACACUAUGUAUUUAUGUCAACAUUUUGUUGGGCCCUGAUGAAGUUAGGAAUUGGCUCAGCAGCUAAUUCUGUCUAGUUUAGGCUGAGCAGCUAAUUCCAUCCAUCUGACUGGCACUCAGUCAUAGGUCUGUUCCAUCCUAUUGCAGCCCAUUCAGUCUCAUUCUGUCCAAUUAUACACAUUCUUUGCACUUUUCACAUGAAAUUCAUGCUUCUCUGUGCUUUUCAUUUGUAAAAUAUGCAUUUUGUGCAUAUCCGUUAUGUAGAAAAUGUAAAUUUACUCAUAAAAUGCAUUGCAAAAUCUGAAGAAGUAUAUAAUCUGACUGGGAGUUGUGCUCCAAUCCACAAGCAAGUUCAGGAGUGCGAGAUUGGGUUGGUCCACUGCAACAAACAGACCAAAUUAGUUCCUCCCCCAUUGCUAAAUUCAGUACAAGGGGUUUCUUCCAGAGAGAAGAUAAUUAAAUCCAUGGUUUCGCAUACAAAUUUCUUUUGCAUGCCUAAAUUGGCCUUGAAUUAUGUCUGUUGGUUUUGCCUUGCUUGAAAUUAUCAUAACAUUCUGGCUUUAUCUUGAAUGGGAGAUAUUAUAGGGCAGAAGUUCUCAAAGAUUCUAUUGCAAAAUCCUUGUUCACCUUGGUCAACACAAACCAAAUAGAUUGUAAGGCUGCAGGCAGGACCCUGUUAAUUUUAAUGUUUGUGCAGUGCUUUUAUGCACUUCCAAAGGAAUUGAUUUAGUAGUAUAAUUAUAAUCUCUCUGUACAGGCAGUUGCUACUAGCUCAACAAAAUAUUUCUCUCAUCAUUGUCUUUACUUAUGCACAGACUGACCAUGUUCCUUUGCUGAUCGACACUUUUCUGUUUGUAUUUUCAUUGUGUGUUUGCCCUUUUGUCUUUCCUUUAAUUGCCAAUAGUAGAGAAAACAUAUCUUGCUAACUUCAGGGAAUCCCCUUGGAACUAUGCCAAGUGCAAAAGCAAUUCUACUUCCUCUCCUCCUCAUUUACCUUCUUGCUUGAUUAACCCUGGCUGAUGACUUCAUGACUGUCUUCAUUGUUCAGAUUCAAUUUGCUGAAUAAUGUUUCCACUGCUAAUGUGAAUGGUACCAUCAUCACAUCCCUACAACAUACCUAGUGAUAGUAUCAGCAAUGUUACUUAUGAAAAACAGAAUUGUGUAUACUUAGCACUAGUCCAUAUUCAAAUUCUGUACCAGAAAAAAAAAUCUGAUAUGAAUAAAUUGUGUUAAUUGAAGGUAUUUGCAUAUUUUGCUUUUGUUUUCAGCAAUUCCAUUUCUGUUAUUCUAGAGAGAAUUAACAGGAAACUAUGUAAAGUGGUGAGGGCCACCUGCUGAAUAUCCUGCUCUGGAUUCUUUGUCACUUGUGUUUAUGUGAACCCCUAAUGCGUGUAACCGACUAGAGACUCAGAUGUACCCCCAGAAUGGAACACAACUGCCCACAAUAACCCAAGAAGGCUGUUCAAUGAAAUAAUCAAUCAAUCAAUGAAAUAAAGUUAAGACUAUGCCCAUGUGGAGCUGAUGAGAUUGAGACCAAUGAACAUGUGCUUUUUUCAUUGUUCCUUUUAUUAUGAAUUAAGACAGCAAAUGCUUGUGCCCAUUUGAAAGUCAAUACCUGAUAGAUCAGAAAGAUUUUAUGUAGAUUACUUGCUAGGGGACUUUUCUCCUCUUGCAGUUGCCAAAUACACAACUGCUGCAAUUCAUUGGAGAAAGUUAUGUGUGACAUGACAGUCCAUUAUGUGUUCCUUUUAAAGAAAUAUUUUAAACAUUUUGUUGUUAUUUUAUGUGUCUCUUUUAAAGAAAUAUUUUAAACAUUUUGUUAUUUUAUGUGUAGCUGGUCUUUGACUGUGAUAA